GGAGGAUGAAGAUAAGAAACAAGAGGUGCCGCCGGCCAGAAAAGCUCGGUGUGACGAGCCAGGCAAACACUUGCUCUGUCCCUACUUCAUGAGGUAUCGGAACUCGGUGGGUGGAGCUUGUCGAGCGCCGACCUCGUUCAGGACGUUCAGUGAUCUGAAGAAUCAUCUGCACUCGAUGCACCUCGGGGGCUCUCGGGAUGAACUGCACAUGAACGAUCAGGAUUGGCGUGCCAUCCAAGUAGUACUUGAUAAAGCCAGCAAAACGAGGCCCAAGAAAGGUACCGACGCUUCCUAUCAGAAGCAUUUGGGCACUUUUCAGAAAGUUUGGAGCAUUCUCUUUCCAGACUGUGAUCCUUGGACCCAGUCUCCUUUUUGCGAGAACGAUGAGAAUCUUAUGGCAGAAGAAGUUGGAGUUUGCGAUGACUACGGGGACUUCAUUACAGGAAAAGUUGAAGAGGUCCUUCGCUCUAUGUUUGACUCUGAGGCUCAACAAGCUUUCGAACGCGGCGGAGUCUCCAGCCCGGCUGAGUAUCGCGCAUCUCGCAACAUGGUCGGUAAGAUGAUGAAGAGAAUCUUCGAAAUCGUCGCAGUCCACAAGCCGGAAGUUGCAGACCAAUUUCGUGACAUAUUCAAUUCGACCACUACAGGCGUGAUGGGUGGCCAACGGAUCGGAUCUCAGAACAUAUCUGUCGACGAGGAUCCCGGCCUUCCGAGAGCCGCCGCAGAUACUCAGGAGCCGGGGCCUUCACACUCAUCGCAGAUGACAAUCGAAUUAUCCCUCUCUGGUGGAGAAGAUUCGUCGCAUCCAGGCUCAACUUCUGUAGUCUCUAAAGAGACGUUGGUUCAGCCAGACUCGGCAACCGACGAUUUUAAGGGCGGAAAGAAGUUCUGUGAUCAGGAACCUCCAGAGACGGAUCGGCUGCAUGUACAACCGGACUUUUCGCAUAUUCUUGGCAAUUACUAUCCGCAAGAAGCCUCUGCGGAGGCUCUUUCGUCUCAGAUACCGAAGUCUUUGUCGACUCAGGAGCCUGCGACUUCUUUCCUAGAUGAGACGAUGGAAACUCCGAUGCCACACGAGAGUGCUAUUGACUGGGACUGGGAAGAAUCCGCGAGUACCUUGAUCGGUUACGGCCUGUAUCCUUUAUCUCAGUUGAACUAA